CAAAGACUUUCUCUGAGACUUAUGGAAAAGCUUUUGAGUACAAGUCCAGGAUGAAUAUACGGACUUGCGCUUAACUGAAGCCGGAACUUCACAGUGUGACACCCACCGGAAGUAAACAGAGGAGGCGCUAGCAGCGUUAGCUCUGUGGAUGUGUGAUGGCAGCUUGAAGACGGUGGUGUGGUCGUAUCUCAGCUAAAUAUUCCAGCUGUAACGAAGCAGCGAUGUCUUCUCUUCAGUAUCUGAGAGAGUUCGUCAACGAGCGACUAACUGCUGCUGCUGAAGAAAUAUUCGGAGUCUUUGAGAAAACCGUCGUCCAGUACGAGGAAGAGGUCGGUCGUCAGCGCAGACUGCUGGAUAUCGUUUUAAAACCUGGAAUUAAGUUACACAGGACAGAGCUCCCACAGCAACAUGUCUGUCAGGAGGAGGAGGUUCUCAGUGACCAGCAGCUCUGGAACCAGGAGAGGAACUCCAGUCUGGACCAGGACGACCCAGAACCACCAAAGGUUAAAGAGGAACAGGAGGAAACCUGCACCAGUCAGGAGGGAGAGCAGCUUGUACUGAAGCUGGAGACUGAUACCUUUAUGUUGACUCCUGAUCAUGAGGAAAGUGACCACAGUGAACCAGAACCAGACAGCGACCACCAGCUCCUCUCUCACACCUCGCCUGUAGCUGAGAGCCAAGAUCAGACAGGAAGUCAACAUGUGGACUCAGGAUCAACUAGAGACGCAGAGUCAAAGCCACAGAAGAGACGUAAGAAAAAAAGGGGUCACCGUAACAAUAAAUACAACUCUCCCAUGUCAAAGACUGAGUCUAAAUGUCUCACACGUAAAAAGUCUUUUAAAUGUGACACUUGUGAAAAAGCGUUUGAGUCCAAGUACAGAUUGAAUAAACAUCUAAGAACACAUACAGUUGAUAGACCAUAUACCUGUGAAGCAUGUGAGAGACGUUUCACAAACAGACGAAACUUGUUGGACCACAUGAGAAAACACAGAAUUGAGAAUCCGUUUACAUGCAAAACAUGUGGGAAGAGUUUUACUGGUAAAAUGGCCUUUCUCUUCCACAUGAAAACUCACACAAGUGAGAAAUCAUAUUCAUGUGAGACAUGUGGGAAAAAUCAUUGUAGCAAGUCUGCACUGGAAGAUCACAAAAGAACCCACACAGGUGAGAAGCCAUAUUCUUGUGGAACAUGUGGGAAAGGUUUUGGACGUAGUAGUAAUCUGAAAGUCCACAUGAGAAUUCACACAGGUGAGAAGCCGUACACCUGCAACACCUGUAGGAAAAGAUUUGCUUAUAGGUCAGUUUUGAAAGCACACGUGAGACUGCACACAGGUGAGAGGCCAUACUCCUGUGACACCUGUGGGAAAGGUUUCAUUCAGUUGUCAGAGUUAAAAAAGCAUGUAAGAAUACACCUAGGUUAAAAGUUGGAUUAUUUACAACACAUGGGAGAGCUUUCAGACUUAGUGGUGAACUGAAAGUCAGCAUGAGAAGAGCCAACACUAGUGAGAAACCAUAUCACCAAACAGGCCUUAUGUUUGAAAAUCACGAGGUAGAGCAUUCGGUUGUUGCUCAUGGACAAAACGGGAACCGACAGAAGUGAAGAACCACACAAUUGCAGUUCUUGCAGGAAAGGUUUUUGUCAGAGAAUCAGUUAACGCAGGAGAAACCAUACAGAUGAAACUUGAGUGAAGAAGAGUUCAGCAACUGAAUGAAACAGCUCUUUCUUUAGUUAACUAUAGCCCUACUUCAUUUACUGCACUACAUUUCUAAUAAUGUCAUCAGGUUUUGUUAAACUAGUCCUUCAUUUGAUUAUAUUUCUCAUAUUUCUGUUUGCAGCUGGAUUGUGCUUAAACCUUGAUUUGUAAUCUCCCAAAUCUCAGAAAAAAACUUGUGAAUGACUGACCUCUUAAAUGCCUUUUAUUUACUAUUGAGUGGUCUGUGAACUCCUGCCAACCAGGCUCUUAUCUUUUUUGUCUUGAACAUGUCCUUUUAAUUUUAUAUUUUUAUGUAUUUUUGAUUUCAUCCACUAAAUACAAUUUUUAUUUGAAAUUUUAAAAAUAUAAAUUAAUGGAUUGAAUGAUGAGGGUAACUAUGAGCAUCAUCAGUAUAAAUGUGGGCAAUGUACACAAUGAUCUCUGCAUAAAGUAACGUGGGAAAGGAAAUGCUGUUCUUCUGAUCUCAUGUAUUUGUCCAAACAGUGAAGCUCUGUUAGGUGAUCAUGUCAGAAUACCAGAUUCACACUGAAGUCUAAAGCUACAAGUAAACUCAGCAGAUCAGAGCGACUGACAUCCAAAGAGAAAGUAGAUGCAGUGAAGAAGAGUUCUUUUCAUAGUGUUCAGUUAUAACAUGUAAGAGCUGUUUCAGUGUUGCAGCUCAUUAGCUGGGGGUUCAGGUAAAGUGUGGUAUGAUACAGUUUGGUGGUUUGAUUAAUUGAAGUGUCUAAUAUUGAGCAAGCUUUUUUUACAGCAAUAAUAAUGUAACUGAGUUCAUUUACUAAAGUACUCUACCUAUAUAAAUACAACACUGAUUGUUUUAAGAUGACCACGACUGAUUCUACGUUACAUAGACAUGAAAUCUUUAAAACUUCAAUAAAAAUAAAAAGAA